AUGAAGAUAUCACAGCUCCUUGCCUGCCUCGUGGCAGCGCAAGCAAUCAGCGCCGCUUCCAUACCCGAAGCUAACAAUGCACUCGACUUGCUAGAGGAGCGCCGUGUAGUCCCCGCCGCCGAAAUCGUCUCUCCCGACCACUCGCUGGAGCGUCGCAAGGGCGGCGGCGGACGUGGCGGCAGCAGCAGCGGAGGUGGCAGCUCCAGCGGCAGUCGUGGAUCUAGUGGCUCCAGCGGCUCUAGCGGACGAACAUCAACCACAUCCAAUUCUGGUGGCUCCACGAGCGCAGGCUCAGGCCGACCGCGCUCCUUUGGCGGUGGCCGGUACUAUGCUGGCGGUGCCGGCGUGCCAUAUACCGCUGGCAAGCGCACACCAAAAGGCAUCUCGCCUGGCCUCUUGCUUGCGCCAGCAGCCAUCCUCCUCAUCAUGCCUGGCCUCUGGCUCUACAACGUCUACCCAUAUCACUACAACAACCCCUACCGCUUCUACAACGCGACGGCCAACAGCACCGACGACAACGACAACGACCGGCGCUCGCUCUGGGCCCGCCAGACACAGGGCCGCAACGAGACGCUCCCUGUCAUGUGUCUGUGCCAAGAAUACAGUGUAUGCGGCUGCGAGGAAAACGACGACCAGCAGUACCUCGACGACCUUGUUGGCAACGGUAGCUACGCUGCCCUUAACGAGACGCUCAUCACGGUUUCCGAUGCCAAUGGCACCAAGACGCUUGUCCUUAACGGCACCCUUCCCAACGGCACCACGGCGCCUGGUGGCGAAGGUGCCGCUGCUAGCCUGAGGGUCGGCAACUUUGCCGGCUACUACGCAAUUGCCAUGUUGGUCGUUGCCGGUGUUAUGCUGUAA